CGAUAGUGAUCACUCGCCCUCUGCGAAAUGGAACAGAACCAGGGCUUCCGAGCCUAUCGAUGAGAGAAAUCGACAGCGUGAAGAUCCCAGCUCAUUUGACUAUAGUGCAACCAAUCCAGAGCUUAAGUUAGAAAGCUUGAGCCAAAGCAAAAACCGUGCUCUUGUAAUGUCGUGUAUUGCAGGGUCGCGAUAUCGUGACUUCGUAACCGGACGACGGAUCAGCACAGAAAUACACACAUCGUGGAGUCCCAAAGUAAAACCCAGAGGGUUCUCAGGCGCCAAUGUUCACGGUGAUUAUCACAUUCCAUACGGCAUCUACGAAGUCAAUUUCAGCGUCAGGGACUGGCCGAAAGAGCCCUCAAACAAGCACUGGAUCAACCUCUUGCGACGCUUGUCACCACCAGAGCGCAAAGUUGCUCCUAGGGUUCUUGUGGGAGCCGCUCGCUUGUGGCAGAAGAAGAUCGUCGAGUGGCCGAGGGUUCAUUGUAAACAUGGCGCAGAGCCUCCAGGCCGAGGAGACGCGAUGCUAACAAGUCCAUUACGCUCCCAUGUAGUCCGGGAAGAGCAACGUAAUGGUCGGCACUCCACCCAAGUCAUUAAAUCUUGGUAUCGUUCUAUUUGGCACGGGGAACUGGGUUCAGCUCGUUGGAAGAAACAACAGUUCUUCCCGUUCUAACUCAGCAUAUCGGGUCGAUUCCGGUCCUUGGCUACGAAUACGCGGACUCAGCAACUCGUCAGAAACGCGAGAAAUGCUGAGCGGCCGACUUCGACGGCCUCCAGUUCGCCGUGCUGUCCCGAAGCUGCUGUCUCAGGCUGUCAAUACAUGACGUCGAGAAA